GAAGAUUGUGAUUGGUGGACUGUUUUACACCACGGCACUUCUCAGCUUAUGUAUUAAAGAUGUGAAUUGCCAAACCAAUUUAGGAGGAAUGGGUGGAACAUUUCAUUCCCCGAGCUUCCCCGGGAUGUAUCCGAACCACGCCGAAAAUAUUUGGAAUAUCGAAGUGGAUGAUGGUUAUCGAAUAGUGUUGUAUUUCACUGAAUUUGACAUAGAGUUCUCCUAUCAGUGUGAAUACGACAUGAUACGAGUGCUUUCAGAUGACCAAGAAAUCGCAAGACAUUGUGGGAACAAGGACUCAGUUCUUGUCACGAGUGAUGACCUAACUGUGCGGUCACCUAGCAACCGUAUGCGAGUAAUGUUCAUCUCAGAUUAUUCUAACGAAGAGAGAUUUAUUGGUUUCAAGGCUCAUUACUACGCAGAGGACAUUGACGAAUGUGCGACUGAAAAUGGUGGUUGUGAUCAUUAUUGUCAUAAUUACCUCAGUGGGUAUUAUUGUUCAUGCCGUGCUGAGUAUAUAUUGCACACUGAUCAACGAACAUGCAGAGUUGAAUGUACGGGUCACGUGUUCAAUCAACUCGAAGGCAUUAUAGUGUCACCAGAUUAUCCUCUAUAUUACCCGAAGAGUUCCGAAUGCGACUGGACAAUUGAUGUUGAAGAUGGUUACGUCAUUACUUUACAUUUUGAUACGUUUGACAUCGAGUCUCACCCGGAAGUAAAUUGUCCCUAUGACUUUAUUAAGGUGUGGAAUGGAGACGACUACAUGGGGCCUUUUUGUGGCGAUGUACCACCAUCUGACAUCGUUUCUGUUCGUAAUAAAAUGAAGAUAAUGUUUCACUCUGACUAUUCUGGAAACAAUGUCGGAUUUAAAGCUGUAUAUUCAACAAUCGUUGCAUUUUUGUUUUCUAGCCCAGCCUUGUGA